AUGCGAUCGAUGAAAUCAGGUCCUCUGGGAAUCAUUGACACUCGGUUGACGAUGACCGAAUCCACAGCCGACGGCUUGCUCUCCCCAACUUUUGCGUCCGUCCUUGAAUUCGAUGGCCAGGUGCAGAGACCGCCAGAUGCCCAGAGACCCGACCAUGCGAUCUACGGCGCCCGUCCGAUGAAGCAAGGGUUCAGUCCAGAUGAAGUUCGCGAACCAUUUCGCGGCCUGGGUGCUGGCAAACGGUAUCCUCGACUGGAGCUCGAUGUCGCCGUGGACCAGUAUCAUACCCUCGACGGAUUCAUGGAGCCCGCAAACCCUCAGAACACCCCCGCAUCGAACAGCGAACAAGCUAGCAACCAUGGAAUCUGCCAGCGCUGCGAGGCCGAGAAUCUGCGCACCGAGUCUGCGUCGCAGAAGCGGGAAUUGUCAUACAACUGGUUUGACGGCAAACUCGAGGAAAGUUUCGCAGAGUCAGGCGAUGAAGGAGAGUGGCCAAAAUUCCACAAACAGCCCUUGUCUGCCGACAGUGAGCCGUUUGGCGUACCCCCUAUCACUGCGAUGAAUAACUUCCAGCAGACGUCCAAUGCCUACUCUGCCAAAGACCUCGAAGAUCCCGUGUCGCCGGUGAGAUAUAUCCGGUUCUCUCCUGAUACCUCUCCAUCACGUCCGUCUCCACUGAUCCAGCGCCCGCUUCCUUCGGUUGAACGAAACCGGGAUUAUAUUUCUUCGUACCGCCAGAAGAAGCAGUUUGAGAAAUGGAAAGGAACCCAGCGAUCUCAUGCUCAGCGACUUUCUCCCUAUCAUAGCCCUUCUAAGACCCCCCAGCUACGGGUCAACUACCUCAACAAGAGACCUGACAUUCACUUUUCAUCUCUGUCCAAUCUGCCUUUUGCAAAGAGUGUCCAGUGUUGCAUUCAACCCCAGGAUGAACCGGGUCAUGAUGCGACGGGAGCUACAGUCCCGGAAAUCACAGACGUUGCCGCGGAUGGCUCGAUGCCAGCGCAUAGAGCUGCCUCACAGAAUCGAAUUGAAUUCAUCGCUAUCUCCUUGUCUCUUUACAGACUCCGAAAUCCUGAGCAAUCUUCUCCAGGGGCGCGCGCAUCUAUGUUCCAAGUGCGAAUGAACUCAACGACCUUCACAACUGACGCCUUGCCCGACAAGAAACGCAUCGUGUGCCGGUCACCCGCUGACGAACUGCUCCUGCAUAUCAGCCUCAUUAUUCCCGGGAUAGUUCUACAAGUCCCUCUAGCUGUCCUGUCGGCUGUGCAACGAAUUCACGGUUCUCGAAUCGGCAAUGCAGCCCUUGCCAUUGCUAAUGCCAUCCUGUCUCUGGCAGUUACAUCGAUCAUCUAUGUGAUGUCUCUCUGUGGCCUGGAUGUUAGCUGCUACUGGAAAUCAAGUGUGAGCCACCGCAGCAAAACACCCACGCCUUGA